AAUGAAAGAUGAAGAAGAAGAAGAAGUUUGUACCCUCUAUGUUAGGAUCCAAUACCGAGUUUUCAUAGAGCGAAUUCCUUUGUAGCCGAGAUGUCCAUUACACACCCGGCCCAGAAAUGAAAUGUUAUUGUUUUCAUGAUUGAUGUGUCUGACUGUCAUUCGUUAGUCUUCAAAUGAAUGCUUCGUAGACUUGUGUACUGCCAUUAGACAAUUUAUUCAACUAGAUUUUUUGGGCCAGACUUGACUCUGAUGGACAUCGACAGUCACAGCUUCCAUGCGUAUUCAGUUGGAAGACAAGGUGCCAUGCAACAUCCACAGAUUGUACAUGGAGCUCAGAGAGAUGGUGUUGAUCUGGAAGUUGAUUAUAAGGUGAAGAAAGUUACUGACAAGUUCUCUGAAUGCCUACACAUAGUGGUGAAUGAACCUUCCCUGGCCCUCUAUCGGCUUCAGGAGCAUGUUCGUCGAUCUUUGCCUCAUCUGUCACAGUGCAAGACUGACCUAGCAGCAUUGCAGCAAGAGGUACAGGGGAAGUGCUAUGAUGUAGAUUACGCCACGAGGACUGUUGACGGCAUGAAAGCAAGCGUACGACCUUUCACCUCCAUCAAUACCCUCCUCAAGAGUGCUGUGGUCACCAAGCAACAUUUGAACCACCGAGCUUCAGACAGAAGGGAGGUACUUGAAGGAGGAAGAGGAGAAGCAAGUAAAAGAUCAUCUAUACAUGGCACUCCUAAGAGACCACUCAGUCAGGCCAAAGAUUGAUCAUGGCCUCGAGCAUGGUUACUACAAGGUGACUUGAUGCCGUAAAGCUAUGUGAGAUACCAGGACAAAGCAAGGACACAGGGACUCUUUGUAACUUUGUAACUGGUAGUCACUAGGGAGGGAGAGAGAAAUGGCUACAGUAGGAUUAUACAUUGUCCCUUUCAGCAGUUUGCGGUUCCUGAUCAUUCAUGAGAUUGCAGGUGCAAAAGGGGGGUGAAUUUUACUAUGAUGGGUCUUGGUGGGAGUUGGUUUGUCAUUAAAGUUUCAGUCAAUAUUUCUCAGUUUACAGGUACCUCGAAUUGAUAUUUUCCAUAAUAAUGAAGGAUUAAUUUUCUUUCCUUUUUCUAAAUGAUCUCCUUGAAUUAUUACUUUUUAAUAUUCCA